GCAACUAUGAGCCUCGAAGUCCGCACUCAUUGUAGAGCACUAGAGCGUGCUCUCUCUCUCUCUCUCUCUCUCUCUCUCUGCGCGUUUGUAGAUCCCUUCUGUCUCGGAAUUUUCCGCUGCAAUACAACUUUUGAAGUUUGGCAGGUGGGAUUUGGAGCGGGGCUCCAAAUGCUUUAGUUACGGAAUGCCUAGGGUUUUAGAAGCAGCUACUGAUCACUCGCUCUCUCCUUGGAAUUUCUGAUGAUAUCUCCAAGGAGCAGCAUUAAAGUGGCUGUUCUUCUGGGUAGUGCAGCACAGCUAGUUCAAUGAAAUGAUGUUCUAUCUCUCUUUAUGUUUGCUUGAGAACUGUAAUAAUGGACAAGAAGAUUAUAUUUUCAUCCAAACCGUUAAAGAAAUCGCCAUAUGUUCUUUGGUUGUUUCUAUUUUUCUUUGUCUUGGCAUCUGGAGUAUAUAUUUGCUUUCUAUGCCUCAAGCAGAUUCCUAUGUCUUUAAAACCAAACUCAAAGGAAAUACGCAUCAUGGGAAUGGCUAAGGUAUCUUGUCAUAGUCAUGAUAUUCGUCCAGAAGAGAUCCUUUAUGUGCAUUUCCCACAACCCAGAACCUAUAGCAGGGAGGAAUGUUUAUGCACUCCAGUCCGGUUCUUUGCUAUUUUGUCUACACAGAGAUCUGGAAGUGGGUGGUUUGAAACUUUGUUAAACAGUCACCCCAAUAUUAGUUCAAACGGGGAAAUUUUUUCUGUGAAGCAAAGAAGAAGCAAUAUGUCAACCAUACAGAAAACCUUAGAUUCUGUAUAUAGAUUAGAGUGGAUCAGUAGUGCUGCUAAAAAUGAGUGUGUGGCUGCAGUUGGAUUUAAGUGGAUGCUAAACCAGGCGGCAAUGGAUUAUCAGAAACAAAUAGUCAAUUAUUUUAACUGGAAGGGUGUUUCUGUGAUAUUCUUAUUUCGGCGAAAUCAUUUGCGGAGGCUCCUCUCUCUCGUGGCCAAUGCUUAUGAUAAAGAUGCAAAGCAGAUCAAUGGCACUCACAAGUCUCACGUGCAUACAAGGGAAGAGGCUGACCUACUGGCACAAUUCAAGCCUACACUUGAUGUCAGUGGCCUAAUACCAGACCUUACUAGGGCCGAACGCCUUAUUGCAGAUUCUUUGGAGUACUUCAAGAGCAGUCGCCAUAUGAUUUUAUUUUAUGAAGACAUCAUAAAAAAUACCAAGGCAUUAUCAGAUGUUCAAAAGUUUCUUGGAGUUCCAGUUAGAAAACUAGUGAGCCGCCAGGUGAAGAUUCACAUCAGACCCCUUUCUGAACAAGUCAACAAUUGGGAUGAUGUUUACAAGACACUGAAAGGAUCACAGUAUGAGCAUUUUCUAUACAAUCCAGACUACAUUUCCUAGUUUUGUUCAAAUUAUGAAUUUCAUCUACAGUGUACAGCAUGAUAUAUUUCUUAUUAAUCCUACUCUGUAUUUGAGGAUUUUCUUGUUAAGCAGUUGCCAUCUUAGUGUUCUGCAAUGUUUUUGAAGAGAUUUAAAAGGAGGGAUAUUCUGGCAU